AUGUCGUUUUCGUCGCUGGUCUACCAGAAAAAGCUAGAAGCGCUUCAGGACACACAGGAAUCCAUCGUCUCCAUCUCGCAAUGGCUGCUUUUCCACCACAGACACUGCAAAGAGCUCUGUGAGCUCUGGGCCCAAUACAUCACUUCAGAAGACCCCAGUCUAAACCUGAAAAAGAAGCUCGCACUCUUCUAUUUGUGCAAUGACGUUGUGCAGCAGGCAAGACAUAAGCGGAAGCCCGAGUUUGCCGAGGAGUUUUCCAAGUUGUUGCCGAAUAUUCUCCAUAAGAUCUAUCCGACCAUGAAUCCGUCAUUGCAACCCAAAUUGGAACGAUUGGUGGGCGUGUGGGAACAGCGGGCCAUAUUCACGAAAGUAGAUAUUCAAAACAUGCGCCUGGCGAUCGAGCUGCUGAAGAAUGGCCAGGAGUUCCUGGCCCUGGGCGACGAUCUUCAAUCUAGUAAAACGAACCAAGCACUGGCCCUGGCGCCCAUCGCUACGGAUUUGGUCCAUUUGAACGACCUUUACAACCACCUACAGAGUGUUCUUUCCACAGCAUCUUCUAAUCUAUCUCAAGUGGGCGUUCAGUGUAAACAGUAUUUACCCCAAAACCCAGAGAAUCUGGACAACCUUCCGCUGCCCAAUGUGUACAUUACCAAGCUUAAUGUUUUGGAGAAGCUCUGCAACAUGACUACGAAGAAUUUAGAGGAGGCGCUGAGCGUGCGCAAAAAUAUCAUUUCCGUCUUGGGCAACCUUUCCAAUCUACUCAAUGAUGGACUUGCAGCAGACGACACCAAGCUCAACAUCAUUGCACAGCGUCUCGAACGAUUGAAGUCUACGAAAUCGGAGCUCCACGAAAUGUUGGGCACGUCUCCCGAACCGGAGGCUCCUGAGACUGAGAUGGAUGAAGAGGAGGAGCCAUCGCCUGUCUUCGAGACAUCGGCUCAGGAAGACGACAUGUCUAUUCCAACAUAUGUCGACUCGAGUGAUAGUGACGAUAAUUCUGAGCGUUCGCACGCUUCGAUCAACCGUGGCUUGAAGAGACGUCGCCUGUCUGGUGAGGCAGAUAUUUCGGCGUCUGCCCUUUCAACGACACCGAAGUCUACCAAAAAAACUGUUGCGUUUUCGGAGGACAUACAGGUCAAGGAGUUUACACGAGAUGAGCAGUCCAAUUCGAUACAAAUCUUGCGCAGUGAGAAUGAGUCUGAUGAUGAGGAGCUGACAGAAACCAAUGGUUACGACUUCAACGAUAGUGAAAGGCAAGAGUUCGAAAGACACCACAAAGACGAUCUUGAGUUAAGACACGAACGCCAGCUGGAGUCUGAAGACGAUUCAUACGAUCCUUCGUCGCUUGGGGGUUCUGGCACCAACGGUCAUUCAAUGGAAAGUGGAGAUGUAAACGGCGAGAACAAUAGCCAGCCCAACUCCGGGCUUCUCAGUCUAUUGUCCAAAUUGUCAUGA